AUGGCCCCCACCACUCCCCGGGACGGUGUCUACGUCCCCUCGCCCACCUUCUUCAAGGAGGAGCCCGAGUCGGCUUCGGCUCUGCAAGCGGCCGUCGACGUCGAAGCGCAGGCGGCGCACACGGUGCUCCUGGCCAGGUCGGGCAUCACGGGCGUGGUGCUGAUGGGGUCGACCGGCGAGGCUGUGCACAUGUCGGCGGCGGAGCGCAGCGCCAUCAUCUCGGGCGUGCGCGAGGGCCUCAACGCCGCUGGUUACCCUGACUACCCCAUCAUGGCCGGCGUUCUGGUCAACAGCAUCGACGACACGCUCCAGUGGCUGCGCGACUCGCACGCCGCCGGCGCGAACUACGGUCUCGUCUUGGCCCCGGGCUACUUUGGCCCCGCGGCCACCCAGGAGAAUAUUAUCGAGUGGUACACUGUCAUUGCCGACAAGAGCCCCGUACCGAUCCUCAUCUACAACUACCCUGGCGUCAGCAACAACCUGAUCGUCACUGUCGACACAUACGUCAAGUUGGCUGCCCACCCUAACAUUGUCGGCUGCAAGAUGUCCCACGGCAACGUCAGCUAUCACGUCCAAGUAUCCCUGCACCCCGAGAUCGACCACUCGUCUUUCCGCGUCUUUUCGGGAUUCGGCCAACAGCUCGGUCCAAUUGUCGUCUUCAACGCCGGUGGCGUCAUCGAUGGCCUGGCCGCCAUCUUCCCCAAGACCGUCGCCCGCCUGUUCUCCCUCGCCGCCAAGCGACCCCUGGACGAAGCCACGCUCGAGGAGACGCGUCGCCUGCAGUGGAAGGUGUCGUCGGCCGAGGAGUUUGUCGGCAAGUUCGGCAUCGUGGGCAUCAAGGAGGCCAUAUAUAAGGUGCACGGCCUGGGGAACCUCAACGGAGGCAGGUUGCCGCUCAAGGGGUCCCUUCCCUCGGGAGCGUAUGCUCAGUGGGAAGGCGGCAUUUUUGGACAGAUGCUGGAGGAAGAGAAGAAGCUGUAG